CUGCUCGCUGCUCGAGCUCCCGUAGCGCCGGCCGUGCUGGCUCUGGAGGAGGCGGCGGCGUGGUGGUGAGGUCCGCGUGUCGGUGCUUCCCGGCCGGCAGGGUCUUUAGCAUCUGGUACCGUUCCUUUUGAGCUCCGUCAGGUUGAUCGGGGAUGGCCGCCAGCAGUGACAGCAUGCGGAGGGCUGGGACGGCCGCCUGUGAGCCCGCAGAGGAGAAGGCUGUGCUGGUGCAGGCUCCCGCCCAGCUGCUGAGCUCCGCGGCUGUGAGGCUCAGGCUCGCGCCUUCCCAGGGCCAGCACGGACCGAGCGUCCUGAAGACGAGAGAAAACCCGGCGAUGUCUUUGCCUCGCCCAGCCCGCCCGUCCCCAGAGCCAGCAGUGGUGCAAGACGCGUGGCUGGCAGACCUCGUUGCGGGGUACCAGAAGGGCGCAGUGAACCCAGUGUCAGCCCUGCACCGCUUUGCACAGAGGUACAGCAUGCAGCUUGAUUUUAAAGAGACCGGUGUGGCAGGACACACCAUAAGUUCUUAUUUUGGCAUUAGUGCUGUGUUGGAUGGUGUUUACUACAAGACUGGAUUGGGAAGAAAUAAGAAGGAGUCUAAGCAGUGUGCAGCUAAAUUGGCUCUUGAUGAACUGCUUAAGUUGGAGUAUAUGGUGGCACCAGCUUCUGGAAAGUCAAGUCCUCCCCGUAUUCUGGUUGAGCCUGAAACUCCAACAAGCUCUAUUGAUGUUUCAAGGAUCAGUUUUGAAGGACGACACCAUAUAUAUCAGAAAUUUUCACAGACAGUUGAAGGAGUAUUUAACAGCCUGACUGCUGAAAAUCCUGAGUACCAAAGCUGUGGCAGUUCACUGGCUGCUUUCAUCAUUGAGAAAGGUGGAGAGCAUAAAGUCGUAGCUCUAGGAACAGGAGACUGUAAUUACAGCAAUGAUUAUUCACCUGAGGGAAGAGUGGUGCACGACAGCCAUGCCAUUGUUACUGCACGACGUUCUCUUCUCCGAUAUUUUUAUCGACAUCUUUUGCUGUUCUACAAUGAAAAUCCAGCACACAAAGAGCAAUCCCUGUUUUGCACAGCACCUGACUCGAAGCUGCUUACCCUGAAGCGGAAUAUAAGUAUCUAUCUCUAUAUGAGUCAGCUGCCAAAAGGAUCUGCUCAGAUAAAAACACAGUUUUGUCUUAAUCCACAUUCUCUAACUGCUUGCCAAGCUGCUGAAGAACUGUGUCUCCAUGUUGCUAUAGAAGGCAAAGUUUAUCUUUCUCUUUCUUGUCCUUCUAAAACUGUGAGAGUAAUCAGUAUGUCAGCUAGUGACAAGUUAACAAAAUGGGAAGUGGUUGGCGUUCAGGGAGCGCUGCUGAGUUACUUCAUUGAACCAGUGUAUAUCAACACUAUUCUUGUAGGAAAUGGAAAUUGCAGGAGUUUGAAGGGAUUAGAAAUAGCUAUAAGACAACGUAUCGACGAUGCGCUCACAUCAAAACUUCCAGUGCUUUACGUGGUCAACAGAUCAUUUACUUACUUGGUGAACACCGUACAACCAGUUCAAGUGAAUGUGAAACAGAGGUCUCUUAGUUUGAAUUGGAUGUUGUCAGAUGUGCAGCUGGAGGUUGUGGAUGGGCUAAAUGGAAAAGUCACUGAAAGUUCGCCGUUUAAAAGUGGCUCUUCCAUGGCAAGCCGCCUUUGUAAGGCAGCAAUGCUGAGUCGUUUCAAAUGCCUUGCUGGGCGAGCAAAACGAACUGACCUGCUUCAAGUUGCUACGUACCACGAAGCUAAGGUCAAGUCUCAUUUGUAUCAGGAAGCUAAAAAGUUGUUGCACAGCUACUUAGAACAACACGGUUAUGGAUCCUGGAUUGUGAAGUCUCCACAUAUAGAACAGUUCACUGAAUGAUUGCAAGAUGGAUUCUAUAUGGAGUCCAUUUUCUUUUGGUAAAAAUGAGAUGCUAAUUAGUAAAAAGUUUAGCUGUUAGUAAAAUGUUUCACUGUUGGGUUCAUGUUCGCGGUU